AUGUCCAUGUCUGAACCUUCUUCACCUGCCUCAUCAAACUUGGACAGCACUGCAGAUUCUUCAAGCAGUGCCAGUACUACUCCAAGUAUUCAAAUGGUUUCGAAGUCGGUAUCCGAAAGGCUACUGGGGAAGUUCUUUGAUGCCUCCCAAUACGAUUUCGAUUAUGAGCAGAGUGGCCUGUGGUCUCCUCCGUUGCGCCGGAGUGUGUUCUUGGACUCACCGGGCAGUAUAAUCAUAUCAUGUUGUGAAGAGGAAGAAAUGUUCUGCUACAACAAACUCAAAAAUGCCAAGAUGGCUUGGCCUAGACGCUUCUUCUGUUUGAUCACUGCCUUAUGGUGCUCCCCAAGGCAAUAG